AUGGAUCACAACAGCAAUCACGGAGAAAAUUCAUCAUCUCAACAACCACAGAGAGAGAGUUCAACUCCUAGUCCCGCACAUUACACGCCUCAGGUAAUGAUGUCCCAUCCGCCUCCUUCUAUUAAUCACGAUCAUGAACGGCGGGCAGCAAAGGCUUCAAAACCACUUCAUUCUGACCCCUUUAUUCCUUCAGGAACAUUUUUUGAAGAACGAUACUUGGGAUUACCUCCCGCAAAGGAUGAUCUAUAUAAUAAUGCCAUUGCAAAGAUAAAAUUUGAGCAAAAAGCUCAUAGUGAUGAUAAUGCACUGGUAAGACAUAAGAAAUACCUUAAACAAUUACAACAUCAAAAAGAAUUGGAAAGGAUGGAGCGAGCAGAGAAGCAAAUAGAAUCGGAAAGAAAAAAGCAGCAAUUUACCGAAACUCAAUCCAAGAUAAGGAAUGCUUUGAUGAACGAUUUUGAAAUGACAAAGGAAAAAGUCGAGGAAUUGAUGAACACAAAAAAUACAAACACUAAAGAAGUUUCAAUGGAAGAAAAACCAAAACAAAAGAAGAGUAAAAAAGAAAAGCCUGAAUGGGCUAUGACAACAGAAGAAAUUGAAAAGAAAGAAGAAAAAGAGGUUGAAGAUGUUUUGGAAUUCAUCAAUAAUCUUGAUUUUGAAGAAUAUAUUAAUGAUUUUGAGAUAAAGGAGGCUCUGUCCAUAAUUCAAGAGAGAGUCACGGAGCUUCGAGCGAACAAGGAAAAGUCUCCAACCGAUCAAUCGUCUCAGGAUAUAUUGGACAAGACUGCAAACCAAACAGCAGCUUAUAAAAAAGAUGACGAUGUUUGUUCGGUAAUAUCAUCGACCUCUAGCAGGUCAGAUGGCUCAACAAAAAAGCACAGACCCACCACCGAAAGCAGCAUCCAACAGGAAAAAGAAUGGAAUUCCUCAACAAAAGUAGAGGAAGGAUCAAAAACGAGAGUAAUAACCAUUACAGCAGAUUCUGAAAUGGCUGAAAAUAUUGCAAAAAUUCAUUCAAAAGCAUCCCUCGGACAAGUGGUGCAAAAAGCGUCAAUAUGUACGCCAUCAUACAGUAUUCCAAUCGUGACACAUCAUGAAAAACACCACGCUCAACCCACUCUUCAUUUUGUAGGAGAAGUAAUUUCUACAGACGACAGAGGUAAUCAAGAACGGGUACUCGUUAAAAUGAGAAAAGACAAGACCAAUGUACAAAAUUUACCUUACAUGUAUAGAUGUCCCUCAAUAUAG